CGUGCGAGCACUCAUGGCUCGCUCGUGAGUGACAGACAGUCCUUAUAAUAUCGCCGAGCUCACAAAAGUAAUUCGGGCCUUAAUGAAACUCCAUUUUUUGUCGCAAAGUCUACAGAGAAACGGAUUCGUCGCAUGCAACUGAAACAUUUUAACAACUUAAAGGGCACACGAGAGUGCAGGAGAUAGUGCCUACAUCAGAGCUGAAAUGGGGUAUAAAAAUCAGAAUUCUGACGGGAACGUCUCGUCCUGUCCUGUAGGCGCCGCUUGAAUGGCACUGAGAUACUCCGGAACGCGACUGUGGACGCCUGUGCGAUGUCACUUCUGGCGGUCUCGGAGUUCACUGACUGUCCGAAAUCAGGGGAUCUACAACGGUUUACCAAGCUGCCGAACUCGGUCUUACUCUAAUCCAGGGGCCACCAUGGUGAAGAAGUUGCUGGUGGAUGUGGACUGCGGGGUGGAUGACGCCCAGGCCAUCAUGGUGGCGCUGGCCGCCCCAGACGUGCAGGUCCUGGGCAUCACCUGCGUGAGCGGCAACACCAGCGUGGACAACGUCUGCAGGAACGUCCUGCGCGUGCUCCACGUCUGCCAGCAUCUGGAGAUUCCGGUGUUCCGCGGGGCCUCCAAACCCAUCCUGGAGAACACCCUGAGCGCGGGACACUUCCACGGGCUGGACGGGCUGGGCGAUGCCCCAGAACCAGAGGCCCCGGGCCUGGAGAUGAUCCAGAGGGAGGGCGCGGUGGCGGCCAUGAUCCGAAUUGCCAGGGAGCAUGCUGGGGAGGUUUCCCUGGUGGCAACUGGCCCUUUGACGAAUCUGGCUCUGGCAGUGAGGAUAGACCCAACCUUCCCAGAAUUACUGAAGGGCCUCUACAUCAUGGGAGGGAACACCGAGUCUAGAGGGAACUGCACAGUGUGUGCUGAGUUCAACUUCGCGGCUGAUCCAGAGGCUGCUCACAUCGUACUGAAUGAAUUCUCCUGUCCCACCUACAUCGCCUCCUGGGAGUUCACCUGUCGUCACAAGCUGCCCUGGGAGUUCUGUGACGGGUGGCUGGCUCAGGACUCGGAGAAGGCGCGCUUCAUGAAGCGGAUCUUCCGGCACAGCAUGGAGGCGUGCAACGACGGCACCUUCGACAAGGAGCUGGUGGCGGGGAGCGGCUUCGUGUCGUGCGACUCCUACGCCAUGGCGGCCGCCAUCGACCCCGCGUUCGUGACGGCGAGCAGGCGGGUGGCGGUCACCGUGGAGCUGACGGGCGCCUACACCCGCGGGAUGAUGGUGCUGGACACUCUGGAGCUGCUGAAGAGGAGACACAAGGCCUUCCUCCUGGAGAAGGUGGACCUGGAGAGGUUCAAGGCCUUAAUGAUGGCCGCCUUGAAAUGAGGCUGUGUGGAAGGUGUGAAGACACACCGAUCAAACACGGUCCAUCCUGACUGAACGCUCUCAGAAAUAGAGGUACAAAAAGUUCCUAAAAACUAAAAUUAGUUUUACCUCAACCCCAAAUGUAUUCAGUGUAUUGCGAAAACAAAGGAAUUGGGCCUUGCUGUUCCAAUACAUUUUGAAGGGACUGCAAUUAAUUCAUUUGUAUCUUUUUUUUUUUUGCUUGGAAAACAUACUUAUUUGUUAUCAAAGAGAACAUUGUUCUCAUAACAGAUAUUAACUACAAUGGUCACUUAAUUUGUGUGUAGCUUGUUAGCCAAGGCGCAUCUAAUGUUGGGUGCAUGGUUGUAUCCUUGUGUAUUCCCCAUAAAAAGGCUUCCUUCUCAUAAUUUUCAUUUUAAUUUUGUUGUGUAUCUAAACCAGUUCAUUGAACACAACCAACUAACUUAUGUUUUCUAAUUAAUAUAGCACAAUUACAACUACAAUGUGUAGUGUACCAAUCCCUGAUUCCACAUUUUACAACCGCAAAAUAACCGGACUUUUAACAUUCCAAGAAUGACGGAUGGUCCAGAAUCUUGAAGAACUGAGACUGAGAUUUUAGACAUUUCUACUGAUACUAAUGCUUUGGCUUGUCUGAGCAGUAUUUUAACAUGUUAGCAACAAACGGACACAAAGGGCUUGUCCUCACUGACAAAUAAUUUUCAGAGAAUUGCUAGGCUUGUUCUGUUGUGCAAUGCUGAAAAUGGUGAAAUUUAAUGCGAUUACGUUUUACACUGAAUAAAGAUCCAUCUUUGCCUGAAA